UUUGACCCAGGAUCACAUGAUAACAAAAUGGCUGCAACCAGAAACGGUGAUAGAUGUUUAUUGUUUGCAGUAUUAAUUGUUUUUCUGAUGCACAGUCGGUGUCAUGCGGAAAAGACAGUCACAUCAGAUAAGAGGCCAAAGCAGACAGACAUUACAGAUGUUCAUAUUGUGUUCAUGAAUCAUCUAGAUGUUGGCUACAAUGGUAUACCAGACACUGGGUUCAUAAACAACGUUCUAAACACAUACUUCACUCAACAUUUUCCAAGGGCAUUAAAUUUGUCAGCUGAGUUAAAAAAAGGAGGAUAUACAGAGACCUUCAUCUACACGACACAUCCCUGGCUGCUGUAUAUGUAUCUCUACUGUCCUGAUAACAAUAUACUAAAUGGAAUCGCACUUAAGUGUCCAACGGCAGAGGAAAAGAUUGCCAUGGUAACGGCGAUAAAGAAUGGCGACGUGUCAUACCACGCUGGACCAAUGAACAUGCAGCCUGAGAAUAUGAAUCAACUGCUGUUUGAACUGAGUCUGAACAUGAGCACAAACCUCGACCAGGCCUUCGACAUCCAGCGCCAGUACCGCACACUCAGCCAACGCGACGUUCCUGGUAUGACAAUUGCUGUGAUCCCCACACUGGUCAAGAAGAACAUACAGGCCAUCUCAGUGGGUGUGAAUGAUGGUACCAGCCCGCCAGCCGUGCCGAAAAUAUUCACUUGGAAGUUUGACGAUGAAAACAGCGUGAUCGCCAUGUGGCACGCAGGUGGUUACCCAGACAACCCUGGCCCAACCCCAUCUGACCCCCAGGGUCUGUCCCGUGACGACUGUGUGAUCCACGAUGGCUUUGACACUGCUCUGUGCUUUGCCUUCAGGACAGACAACUCUGGGCCACCUGUUAAUGUUCAGGAAAUCCUGGGCUAUUAUGAAAUCCUGAGGGCGGAGUUUCCUGGGGCCACUCUUCAUGCCUCCACAUUCGAAGAUUUUGUUAAGAAAGUGGCACCAGUCCAAGACAUGUUGCCUGUAGUUACAAACGAGAUAGGGGACACCUGGAUAUCUGGCAUCUCUUCUGACCCAAGAAAGAUGGCAGAAUAUCGUGUUGUUAUGACAGUGCUUACUGAUUGUAUUCGCUCAGGUCAGUGUGACUCUACCAGUGACUUCCGUAUCCAGGAUGCGGUGAAUUACCUGAUAAAGCUCGGUGAACACACUUGGGGCCUGCCUGGAGUGUACGACACUGUGAACUAUACCAACAAGGCUUUCAGUAUGGCCAAGAGUGGUCAGAACUACGUGAACUGUGCGCAGUCUUGGGCAGAGCAGCGUGUGUACGUGCAGCAGACUGUGGAUAGGCUGGAAGAUCAUCCAAUCAGAGACAAGAUCCUUGCUGCCCUUGACGAUCUCAAACCUUCCAGUGAUCCACCAAACCUGGCAGGCUAUGAUGAGGUGGAUCCUCUUGCAACGUACAAAACCACAGAUGGGGUGGAGAUAGCAUUUGGGGAGUUUGGUGGUAUCAUUCAGCUGUUCGAUCCCUUUAAUAAGGAAAAUUGGGCGAAAUCCAUGGACUUUGGGCGGUUCCUGUAUCGUACGUACGAUGAAGGGGACUUCAAUCGGUCCAACACCAUGUACCCCUACAGAUGGUCUUCCUUCUAUCAGAAACCCAACCUGACCAUGAACAGCAACGCCGUCUCAAAGUUCUGGGAUACCAAGCUGGAUAAACUGUAUAAAUGGAAAGGCAAUGACUUUGUACUGCUUGCCAAGAUUGUGAUGUUGGAGGCCGAGCCUGUGAUAGAGUUUGGAGCCCCUGGCGACGUGUGGAUCACAUAUGCCUACAACCCCUCCAAGCAAGGUUUUCAAGUCACGCUACAGUGGUUUGACAAGACGACCACGCGUAUCCCAGAAUCCCUUAUGUACUACUUCUCCCCAAAUCCGCCAGUUCCUGUCCAACAGAGCCAGAAAAAGAAACCAGUCUACAAACAGGAAAUGGAAAUGGAGAAUGAGUAUUCAAGGGGAACAACUCCAACCUACUCAUGGAAACUCAGGAAACUUGGGCAGCUUGUCAGUCCAGAUAAUGUUGUACUGAAUGGCAGUCAGUAUUUGCAUGCUGUUGAUUCUGAUGUCCUGUACACAACCACCCAGGGUGACGGUCUGCAAGUGGUUGCCAUAGACACACCCCUGGUCUCCCUGGCAACAACAAGCACCGUCCCCUCCCCGUUUCCUGUGCCACUGCGGCCAAUCUCACAGCAGGAGAUCACGGGAUUUGCGUUCAACAUGUACAACAAUAUGUGGGACACCAACUACAUUCUGUGGUACCCAUAUUUGGAGGGUGACGAAAACUUUAAGGCGCGAUUUGAAAUCAACUUCAUUAAAAAUUGAGACUUUAGUAACCCUUUACCACUCAGAUACAAACUUUGACGUAUUUAUAGUCCCAUAGAAAAUUUAAUUUAAGACCUUUCUGACUAGAUUCCAGUGGUAAAGGCUUCAUUUCCAACCCCAAUAUACUGAUGAGCAGCAAACAGCAUGAAACCUGAAAAGACUGCAAGUUACUCGCAGGCUGUUCUGGUUUUAUGCUGUUUGCAACAGCAAUUUUAACUUUGCUUCUGAGCGGGAAAGGAUUAACCCUUUGAAUGCUGGGUAAUUUGUCUUCUGCUAAAAUGUUGUCUGCUGAAUUUCUAAAAUUAGCAUUUUCUUCGAUUUUUUUAAAGAAUACUAUCAGAAUAGCAAACAGUUUGGAUCCUGAUGAGACGCCACGUUCUGUGGCGUCUCAUCUGGAUCCAAACUGGUUGCAAAGACCUUCAAAAUUCGGUUCCCGCACUGAAAGGGUUAAAUAUGGACUGCAACUACAACAAUUUCAAUUUGAAGAACUGUGAUAUCUUUGUAGUUUAUUUGUUUACAAUAUGUGUUGAUCUUUGGUCAUCUGCCAUUCGAGUGAGGUGGCAUUUAUGUAUUUUCAGAGGAAAAAUAUUUGUUUAAUUAUUUAAAUUAUUUGGUGUUAAAAAAAAAAUUGGCAAGAAGAUUUCUUUAUAUCAGUAGUGUUUUUCAAGGUCCUGUUUUUUCCAUUUGUCGAAAAAUGAAAAAUAGUCCCUACCAAUGAUAAUUAUUUCAAAUUAUAUUAAAAUACUCUAUGCUUUAUUUACUUGCAUCUUAAGGGUUACGUGAAAUGGAAUGAGUUUGAAGAUGAAAAACAUUUGAAAAAUGAUUGUUUCUAUGCAUUUGAUGACUGUAACCAAAGUUCUCGCAGAGAUUUUAAUAUAGAUGCCACUAUUUCAAUUGUUAAUGCUUGUCAUUUAGUCCAGUGCGAGCACCAUAUAUUAUAGGACUUGGAGGAACACAUUAUUUCUUAUAAUUGUGCCUCUUCCACCCAUAUCACUCAACUUUUCUUGGGUGUUGCCUUGAUUUGGACUAUUCCAUGCAUAUUACUAAACUUUUCUUGGGCAUUCGCUUAUUUUGGACUAUUCCAUGCAUAUUACUAAACUUUUCUUGGGCAUUCGCUUAUUUUGGACUAUUCCAUGCAUUUUACUAAACUUUUCUUGGGCAUUCGCUUAUUUUGGACUAUUCCAUGCAUAUCACUCAACUUUUCUUGGGCAUUGCCUUUAUUUGGAUUAUUCCACCAAUAUCAACCAACAUUUAUUUACCUUGACGUAUUUGAGACUGAUUAUAAAGUUAUGAACUUUCCUAGAGAUAACCUUAAUUGGUUUGGAAACCAUCAAGUGUGGUAACAAACAUGGUGCAAUGUGUUUUGUCUGUGUCUUUCUGUCUGAAUAUUGAGUUGUUUCCCUUACUCGGUGAAUGAAACACUGUACAGUUACUAUAUGAGGCUCGCUGUGGGAUAUAGGGGCUUAAUGUGUUUGCCUAAAGUAUCAUCCCACAGUAGCCUCUUCAGUCUGCCCGGCUAAUCAAAGCCGCCACUUUCUGCCUAGGCUGGAAUUUCUUUCAGGAGAGACUAUCUUUAAAUGAAAAAUUCCAUAAAUGCAGAAAGUGUUGGCCCUGAAUACCAUGCCGAUACUUCACAGGCUAAUCUGGGAUGACAUUUUUGCAUAUGCAUUAAGCCUAGUUUUCCCAAAAUGCGACUCAUUAUAUUGUUCAGUCUGUGACACUAAAAAUGUGUAAUAAAGUGAAUCAAAAUGUGACAACUCUGA